UCAGCCAGUUUGUCGGUGGAAAACGAACAUACCGGAUGCUCUCUGGUACUGGCCAAGUGUUCUAAGAUUGGAGUUCUUCUCAUGCCAAGAGGCACGCGUCUUUUAUCACCUCCAAUUCCGUGCCAGAUGCGACUGUGAAUUACUUUUUUGUGCUGGAUAUAGUGAGGAUUAGAGAGUAAUAGAGUGUCCAUAGUGACGUUUUUGUGACCUCGAAGUGACUGGGUGAAAGUGUCUCAAGGGGAUUUUAAGUGCAACGAGCAGAUUUGAUGGCAUGUGUAUGAUGUUAAAUUAACUCGUGCCACUUGAGAUCAUCCCGCACUGAAAGUGGAUCUCUAUAUCUCAUCAUAACCCAUAUUGAUAGAGAUAUUGAAUAUUGCUCCUUUUCACCCUUAAAAACUCUUCCAACUCUCCCAUUUUUUUCUAAAUGGAAUUGCAAUUUAUCAGAAAAAAAAACUACAUUUCCAUAUGAUGGACAUUUUCUAUUUUAGAAACAUGGAAGUGAAAAGUGUUUUAAAUAAAUAAUCCUGUGUUGAUUGUCAGUGAAAAUGGAUUUGAGGCUAUAAUGAAUGGAAAACAAUUUUUGUGAGUGUCGUCACUGGGACGUAUCAGAAAAAAAUCAUAUAGUAUAUGAAAGUGUUGAUGGAUUUUUCGGUGUAGAAUACACCUGAGUGUUUAUUAAAAUUACAUAGCGAAAUAGCUACAAUUUGAAGAAAAUGUCCGACACUUUCAGGGAGGAGGACGAAACAUCGGACGUCGUAUCCGGUGAGAAUUCCCAACUCGAUGAUCUCUACACAAGGUACCGACAGCGACUCCGGAAGAGUCUGUUCGUAUCCGGAUUGGGAAUUGCUCUCAUCACCUGCACAGUUUCACUCAUUUUCUGCGGCCUCGGGGUUCAGCGUUUGUUGGAUUUAAUACUGCUGCCCAUUGUAUGUCUUGUACUCCUGAGUGUCCUGGUGGCCUUGCAAUUUCCUGCAGUGCUGAAUUCACCUCUGGCUGCUCUCGGAUUUGCCAUCCUGGCCACUGUUUGUUUAGGAGCUGCCGCUACAUUUGUUGGUGGUCAUGUAGCUCCACUGCCCCUGUUCGCCCUCAUUCUGGGUGUUCAUACGAUGUUGCCGGUGUCUUGGCCAUGUUCAGUCGUUCUGGCUGUUAUCCUUUCACUUGUACAUUUGGCCUACAGGAUAGGAACAAAUUUCCAGGAAUUUCCACCACUAUUCCUCCAACAGCUCUGCGGGGAAGCCAUCCUCCUGGCAACUGCAAGUGUCUCCGGUCUCUACUACCGCAUAAUGUCGGAUGCAGCCCAUAAUCGGACCGUUGAUGGCACAAGAACAGGAAUCGAACAGCGGGUGAAAUUGGAGUGUGAACGCGAACAGCAGGAGCAAUUGCUCCUCAGUGUCAUUCCAGCUUAUAUUGCUGCAGAGGUGAAACGGAGCAUAAUGCUGAAAAUGGCCGAUGCGUGCCAUCAUCAAGCUGGUGGAGGGCAAACCACUCGUUUUCACGAACUCUACGUGCAGCGGCAUAACAAUGUGUCCAUUCUCUAUGCCGAUAUCGUGAAUUUUACCCCUCUAUCGGAGCAGCUCACGGCCAGUGACCUCGUGAAGACACUCAAUGAACUGUUUGGGCGUUUCGACCAAAUUGCCCAGGAGAAUCAAUGCUUGAGGAUUAAGAUUCUAGGCGAUUGCUACUACUGCGUAUCUGGAUUGCCGGUAUCACGACCUCAGCAUGCAGCCAAUUGCGUUAACAUGGGUCUGGCAAUGAUUGAUGCCAUCAGAUUUGUGCGGGAGGCUACGGGUUUCAAUGUUGACAUGAGAAUAGGAGUUCAUACUGGUAAUGUCCUCUGUGGUGUCCUGGGCCUUCGGAAGUGGCAAUUCGAUGUGUGGAGCGACGAUGUAACACUGGCCAAUCAUAUGGAAAGUGGUGGAGUUGCUGGACGUGUUCACAUCACCAAAGCAACGCUGGAUCAUCUAGAUGAUAAGUUUGAGGUUGAACCAGGGAAUGGAGCUUCCCGAGAGGCAUACUUGGCUGAUCACAAAGUUGAAACUUUUCUCAUAGUACCACCAAAGAAAUCCACCACGGAUUUAUCAAAGGUGACACCCAAUAGUUCCCCGAAGCCACCUGACUCCCUACCCAUAAGCAAAGUGUCAAUUAUGGAGCCAGAAGACAAUUCCAGUGACACAAAGACACCUUCAACCACUGACUGUGACUCCAAAGACGAACUGAAAAUUGCCACAGUAACACUUCAGAUAACACCGACAAUCACAGAGGAGGAUGGGGAUAAUGCUGCUGAUGACAAGGAUGUUAACAAGAAGUCCUGCUUGUCACUACCUGUGGAACCAAUGAACGGUAUAACUCCACCUGCUGUGCACGAUCGACGAAAACUUUCCGUACAGGGCUUGAUGGGCUUUGGGGAGAGAAGACGAUCCUCUGGAGCUUUUCUCACAGAUCUCACGCGCAAAAUGUCCAUAUCAAAUGGUGAUGGAUUUGCAACCCCUGGAGGACCUCCUUUGCGGUCCAGGCCAUCGUCCAAGAUGACCAAGUACGUAGAGUGCUGGGGUGCAGAUAAACCCUUUGCCAACAUUACAGACUCCACAAUGGCAAAGAAUAUAGGCCUAGCUAGUAUAGCUAUGAUAGAAUCGAAUUUACUCCCACCGGAAACCGAAUGCAGUGACUGUGGUUGCUUCGGACCGCCUAAGGAACUGAAGCCCAUUACAAUGUGGUACAGGAACAAACCACGUGAGGCAUUGUAUCGUCAACAGCCAGAUCCACACUUUAGAUAUGAUUUAAUAUGUGCAUUUACUAUGUUCCUUUCAAUUGCCGUGAUCCAGCUUAUUAUUAUUAGAAGCAAUGUUGCACUUUUAGGAUCAUUAGGUGCUUGUGCAAUUUCACUUGGCAUUUUCUUGUACCUCAGCCACUCUCAAUUUGGUGAGAGUUCAUCUCCAGGAUCUCAUGGUCCUGGUCAAGUGAUAGCAAACAGUCGUCCUCUGAGGAUGGCCAUAUUCUUUAUAACUAUUGCUUUAAUAGCUGCUUUUGCUGUUUUUAGUGUGAUAAAUUUUGAAGAUGAAUACCCUGUGAAUACCAUAUUAAAUAUGACUGAAAUCCCACCGAUGAUGGAUGCUAUGGCCGUUGAAGCAGCUCCAACGUACAUUUUCUGUUGUGCUUUGAGUCUUUCGGCGAUUUCUGCUUUCCUAAGAGCCGGAUUUGUCCUCAAGUUCGCCUCAAUGAUCCUAUCUAUCAGUCUACAGGGGGUUGUGUUGUACUUUAGUGACCUGUUCCAGCGCUACGAUGCCUAUACUCUGCAAACUUGGCCCCUGGUUAUUCAAGGAGUCCUAUUUCUCCUCCUAAUUGCCUCUGUGUUGCAUACCCUGGAUCGCCAGGGUGAAUUUGUGGCCCGAACGGAUUUUCUCUGGAAGGCCAAGCUGAAAAUCGAACAGGAGGAAGUGGAGACCAUGAGGGGUAUCAACAAAAUCCUUCUUGAGAAUAUCCUCCCCGCCCAUGUGGCAUCACACUUCCUACGGAAGGAUCGCUCAGAUGACCUCUAUCAUGAGAGCUAUUCCUGCGUAGCUGUUAUGUUUGCCUCCAUUCCCAACUACAAGGAAUUCUAUGAUGAGUCUGACGUCAAUAAGCAAGGUCUCGAGUGCCUAAGGCUGCUCAAUGAGAUCAUCUGUGACUUUGACAAACUCCUUCUCAAACCAAAGUACAGUGGCAUCGAGAAGAUAAAGACAAUAGGAAGUACGUAUAUGAUUGCAUCGGGACUGAGACCCGGCAAGGAAGAAGGUGCAACGGAUGAAAAGCGAACUGAGGAGCACAAUGUGGUGACUCUGGUGGACUUUGCCAUAUCCCUGAUGUCGGCUCUGGAUCAAAUCAAUCGGGAGUCAUUUCAACGCUUCAGACUGAGGAUUGGCCUCAACCAUGGACCCGUGAUUGCGGGUGUUAUUGGGGCCCAGAAGCCCCAAUACGACAUUUGGAGCAACACUGUGAAUGUAGCAUCGAGAAUGGACUCAUGUGGGAUUAUGGGACGUCUUCAGACGACAGAGCAUACAGCUAAGGUCCUCAUGACGGCAGGAUAUGCCUGUGAUUGUCGUGGUCCAACCUAUGUGAAGGGAAAAGGCACCCUAACCACGUACUUCGUGAAGACACCAUACGACGAAAAGAUUUAAGCACAGACAAUCCCUCCCUCAUCCCAAUUUUCUCCUCAGCAAAUCCCUCCCGGCAGAGAAUCAACAAAUCAUGAGCUUUCUGUAUCCCAAAACCUCACCCAUUGUCAUUCCCCACGCACUGGAGGAGAUUACGACUUUCCAUCACAGCCCAUGGAAUGUUUCCUUAAGGAUCAAGGCAGUUUAUGUCGCCGAAUAACCAUCCUCUGCCCUCUUGUUUGGUGUUAUGCACUUGACGCUAUGGAAAGGACUAAGACACCGAGCAAACAUUAGAGAUUUUUUGCCAAAGGCUAAUCAUAUGAUCAAUUAUUGACGUAUCACAUUAGGAUGUUUAGUGUAAUUGAGCGAAGGUUAAACCUUCAAAAUUGGUGUAAAACAACCUGAGAGGAUGGGAAGGAUGCAAGAAUUUUUUUUUUUUUGGAGAAUGAAAUAAAAGUUAUAUUAGAUGGAUAAAA